CGCGGGGAGGGCAGCUCGGAGUGGGGGGAGCGGUGAAAUGGCGGCGGCAGGGGGGACCGGGGAGGCGGCUGAGGCUGAGCCGCCCGGCACCUCUCCCGGGGCGGACAGCGGGAACGUCUCCCAGAGCCACAGCAGCGCCUCAGGCCUCGGGGAGGCGGAGGAUGAGGACGCUUCGGAAGCGUUGCUGAGCGCCACCGCCGCUGAGUAUUCCUCGUACCUGCUGGUCGACCGCAGCCUCUUCAUCGAGGAGAUAGAAAGCUUAGAUAAGAGCCUAGAAGAUUUGCUGACCAGAGUGGAUGAGUUUGUAGGAAUGCUGGACAUGAUUCGAAGUGAUUCCUCUCAGGUUGUCAAUGAAAGUAUACCUCAAAUUCACACAAAAGCUACAGAAAUGAGACACAUAUACAGGAAAAUCGACAAGCUAGAGGCUUUUGUGAAGAUGAUUGGAAACAUUGUAGCUGGACUGGAAGAACGGGUCAUAAAGGCAGAAACAGACCUUGGGGCUUUUCCCAGCACAUUCAAGAAAAUCUUGCACACGAUCAGCAUGCCAUCUUUCCUUAAUAAACCUUCCUCACGACAACAGACCCUCUAUGAGCCUCCAGUCCUCUUCAAGACUGAAGACUAUUUCCCCUGUGUUAAUGAAACACCUCACUGAUGGUUUUGGGGAUUGGUACGAACCAGCCAGAAUAUAGACAGCUAAGUGAACAAAGAAAUGCUAACCUCAAUUUCUGAGUAUUAUUGAUGGCAUAUUGCCAUUCUGAUUCUUAUUGUCUUCCUUCGGGCAGUAUUUUCAGGUAGCAUGUGUUUGUGUACAUUAUUUCUAAAGUCUUCCUAAAACACAGUAUAAAUUUUCAUAUUAUAUUGGGAAAGGAACUUAAGAACACUUUGCAUCAGAUUUUUUUUUUUUAAAUAGGGAAACAUACUUUUAUAUUUUUUAACACAUAAAUAUAUGUGGUGCUGCAAGUGUAAAUAGCUAUACCACAAGGAUAUUUUGGGGGGGUUUUUGUUUUUUUUUUCCUAAUGUACUGGUUGAGGUAAAAAAAAAACUAUGCAUAAAAUUAUCUACUCAAAGUUUUGGAACCUGGUCCCUGCAGUUUGUACAGAGAAAUGUGCCACGUUGGGAUGUACAAGUCACAAGGGGAGGUAAGGAGGUGACACCAGCAAGGAGUCGAAGGAUCUGGUUCAGUGUUUGUGAUCACAAAGCAAGCACCUUGCCCACACUGGUCAUAAGGUCACAGUAACCUGAGCUUCUACCUCUUGCAGUGUUGUAUUGUGUGAGGUGUGACCAGUUGGGCCUGAUGUAAGACCUACUGUCAAAAAGAGAAAGUGUCACAUUAAGGCAGAGAUGUCCCUAGACUGAGCCUUGAUAGGUGCCUGACCAGACUGGCUGCUUUUACCUCACAAUCUCUGUGCAAUUACUGGGGCUGAUUGCAGUGUUGAGAAUGUUACCAAUAAACUUAUAGUUACCUAUU